CGCCGGCUCUCUCGCUCCCGGCUCUAAGUGUCGGGUUGAGCGGAUCCCGGUCGCCAUGGGUAACCGCGGGAUGGAGGAUCUGAUCCCGCUGGUUAACCGCCUUCAGGACGCCUUCUCCGCCAUCGGCCAGAGCUGCAACCUGGACCUGCCGCAGAUCGCAGUGGUGGGCGGCCAGAGCGCCGGCAAGAGCUCUGUCCUGGAGAACUUCGUGGGCAGAGAUUUCCUUCCUCGAGGAUCAGGCGUUGUUACCAGGCGACCUCUGGUUUUGCAGCUGGUUAAUUCCAACACAGAAUAUGCUGAAUUCCUACAUUGUAAAGGAAAGAAGUUUACUGAUUUUGAAGAAAUGCGUCAUGAGAUUGAAGUAGAAACAGACAGGGUAACGGGAACAAACAAAGGGAUUUCAUCAAUACCCAUCAACCUGAGAAUUUAUUCGCCAAAUGUGUUAAACCUGACUCUGAUUGACUUGCCUGGCAUCACUAAAGUGCCCGUAGGAGAUCAACCGGCAGACAUUGAAUACCAAAUCAGGGACACAAUAAUGCAAUUCAUCAUUAGAGAAAAUUGCCUAAUUUUGGCAGUGACCCCAGCUAAUACUGACUUGGCUAAUUCGGAUGCACUUAAAUUGGCAAAAGAUGUUGAUCCUCAAGGUUUGCGAACAAUCGGUGUGAUAACCAAGCUUGAUCUAAUGGAUGAUGGUACGGAUGCUAGGAAUGUAUUGGAGAACAAGCUGCUGCCUCUUCGCAGAGGAUACAUUGGCAUCGUCAAUCGUAGCCAGAAGGAUAUUGAAGGGAAAAAGGACAUUAAAACAGCACUUGCAGCAGAAAGAAAAUUUUUCCUUUCUCAUCCAGCAUACAGACAUAUGGCAGAACGUAUGGGAACACCACACCUCCAAAAGCUGCUUAAUGAGCAACUAACCAACCACAUUCGGGAAACACUUCCAGCAUUACGCAACAAGCUUCAGAGGCAGAUGUUAUCUUUAGAAAAAGAAGUAGAAGAAUAUAAGGACUGCCGACCUGAUGACCCUGCCAUAACAACUAAAGCUCUCUUGCUGAUGAUAAAGCAGUUUUCUGUGGAUUUUGACGAAAGAAUUGAAGGAUCGGGUGAUCACGUGGAUACAUUAGAAUUAUCAGGUGGAGCAAGAAUCAACAAAGUUUUCCAUGAGCGAUUUCCUUUUGACUUAGUUAAGAUGGAGUUUGAUGAAAAGGAACUACGGAGAGAAAUUAGCUAUGCUAUUAAGAACAUCCAUGGUAUCAGACCAGGCUUGUUUACCCCUGACAUGGCCUUUGAAACUAUUGUGAAGAAACAAAUUGUGAAACUCAAGGAACCUUGCCUGAAGUGUGUGGAUUUGGUUAUCCAAGAAUUAAUACAUACAGUUAGACAGUGUAGUUAUAAGCUGGGUAGGUACCCAAAACUGCGAGAAGAGACGGAGAGGAUUGUUUCCAGCUACAUACGAGAAAGAGAGGAAAAAACAAAGAACCAGGUGUUGUUACUGAUUGAUAUCCAGUUGUCUUAUAUCAACACCAACCAUGAAGACUUCAUCGGUUUUGCAAAUGCCCAACAAAGGACAAGUCAGCUUUGCAAGAAGCACACUGUUGGGAAUCAGGACGCUCAUCUUCCACUCUUGAGGCAAAUUGUGGUAAGAAAAGGCUGGCUCACCGUCAGCAACAUUAGCAUCAUAAAAGGAGGCUCCAAGGAAUACUGGUUUGUACUGACUGCAGAGAGUCUCUGUUGGUUCAAGGAUGAAGAGGAAAAAGAGAAAAAGUAUAUGCUGCCAUUAGAUAAUCUGAAAAUUCGAGAUGUGGAGAAAAGCUUCAUGUCCAGCAAAUACGUAUUUGCACUUUUUAAUACAGAGCAGAGGAAUGUUUACAAGGAUUAUCGUUUUCUGGAGCUUGCUUGUGACUCUCAGGAGGAGGUAGAUAGUUGGAAGGCAUCAUUUCUUCGAGCCGGUGUUUAUCCGGAGAAAUCCACUCCUGAGAAUGAGGAGGCAGUAGGUACAGAUAACUUUUCCAUGGACCCUCAGCUGGAGAGACAAGUGGAAACCAUUCGCAACUUAGUGGAGUCAUACAUGUGUAUCAGUAACAAGACUAUCCGGGACCUUAUGCCAAAGAUAAUUAUGCACCUCAUGAUAAAUAAUACUAAGGACUUUAUCAACGCAGAACUUUUAGCAAAACUGUACUCCUCAGAGGACCAAAACGCUUUGAUGGAAGAGUCACCUGAGCAGGCCCAAUGGCGUGAUGAAACACUACGUACGUACAAUGCCAUCAGUGAAGCACUGAAUAUUAUUGGUGAUAUCAACACUAAUACGAUAACUGUCCCCUUGCCUCCUCCCGUGGAUGAUUCCUGGCUACGCUCAGGGUGCAGAACUCCACCUCCAAGUCCUGCAACUCAACACUGGCAACCUAUUUCUGGUCAUCCACCAGGCAGACCAUCUGGACGAGGCCCUCCCUCAUCCAUUCCACCAAUAGGGGCCCCUCCCAUUCCAUCUCGUCCAGGCAUUCACCCUGUCCUCUGUAUUUCCAGCAAUGCCGACUUACUUGGAUGUCCCCCGCAGAUCCCUUCAAGGCCUGCACGUGGCCGCAAUGUCCCAAGGCGUCCCGCUCCGGCAGUUCCUGGAAGACCUACUUCAUAAAGACACUGAGUUAACUUAUAUCCAUGUUUAUAAUGUAUUUGUAUUUUUUAUUUGAUUUAUGUCAUGCGAUUGCACUAUUUUCCAUGU